AUUAGUCUGAAAAAGUUUGCUUGGUAGUUAAGCUUGUUCUCCCCACACGGCGGUCCACGCGGCGUCGCUCUUCCAAACCUAUAAACAGAGAGAGGUGAAGCGGAGUUUCUCAUUUGAUUCUUUGUCGUCUGUGCAACGAACGAUGUGGGUGGAGAUUUUCUGUGGACUCAUCAUAUACAAAUUGGUCAGGCGUUUCUUCGUUGACGACGAUCUGUUGGAUGUUGAAACUUCUGAUUCCAAUGCCAUCUUCUCGGUGGCUAAUAGACUGGAAAAGCUAUAUGGAGGAAAGGCAUAUGUGGGACUUCGGAUUCCGGAUCCUGAUACUGGUUCGCGGCAGAAUAUAGAUAUGGUUCUUGUCACCAAAGGGGAGGCAGUGGUAAUUUCGGUCAAGAAUUUAGCAGGAUUUGUGUCAGUAAAUGGAGAUGGGAGCUGGGUUUGUGAAGGAGAUGGUAGACACAGGGCAGAGCGUUAUCCUGAUCCCGUGGCAGAGGCUAAAAGACAGGCUUCAAUUCUUGAAGCGUAUCUUGAACAAAGGGGAGUUGCUCUACCAGAAGGCUAUUUCUCUUACAAAAUUAUACUUCCUAACCCAAAAGUUCGUACGAUACAUUCAGGUUCUUUUCCACCUGAAGUCAUUGCCUAUGAUCAGUGGAUACAACUGAAACCAGAAGUGAAGAGUAUGUUUAGCGGCUGGAUUAAGGAUGCCUUACGUGGUGGAAAGAAAGAGAUGCAAGAAUCUAUGCAUCAAAAGGUCAAUUUCAUUCUGAACACAGCGCCAAUGUGGGAUAGGUUGGAGCUUAAAGGCAAUAAAUAUGUGCUCGGAGAUUUUUUAGAAUUCAAAGGGAAACAAGAGGAUACAUUGGCAUUGAGAAAUAUAAAAAGAUCGAAAGUUAGUCGUGUUGUUGUCCAGAAGACGAGCAUGUUUGGAUUAGCCCAUUCGAAGCUCCAAGUUCUGUAUUCUCCUCGCGAUUAUCGAAGUGAAGGGACUUCUUCUUCAGAGUGGAAGGAAACAACAGUGAGAUCAAGCACAGAUGUUCUUUUUCAGCCUGAAAACUCCGGUAAAGUCAGGAAAUUUAAACUAUCUUCAGUUGUCUCUAUGUCUCUCAGUGCUUGAGAAUGGGCCUCUUCGGAGUUGCUAACGACAUGACGUUAUUGUAAAUUAUGGAAGAAAAUAUUAAUGAAGCUGCAUAAUAGGUAUCAUGGCCAUAAUGCACCAUCAAUUUGCUUUCAGUUUCUUGUUUAAGGCAAAGAAUUUUUGUUUGUUGGACUGACCAUUACUUGUUAUAAUAAGUAAAUGAUUGAAUAUUGGUCGGCUACACAGAACUGGUGGUUUAGUUUUAUGUUAUUGCCCUUCUUGAA